CUUGGUUGGUAUCCGAUGUACGUAAUAAGCACAUACCUCUUCUACCUCGAUACUACUUACUGUAGUACGUGUAGCCUCCAACCUAAUUAUUUGAAUCCUGCACCGCGCUGGACAAUCCUCCACCCAGAGCACUGGACAACGGCCGAAGUAGCAGGAUGGGUAGACUCCGUCGCCAGGGCAAACAACGUGGGCGAAGAGGACCAUCACAUGAUUAGCCAAGCCUUUGAAACAGUGACUGGAAAUCAGUUGAUUGCAAUGAAGAGAGGAGACUUUAUCAACACCUUGGGAAAUACUGGAGAGUUUAUGUACCAAACCUUUAGGACCAUGUUUAUAGCAGUUCCAAAUCUCGAUGACAAAGGAAUAAAAGAUACUCGAUCUCUCACACCAAUAUCAGAAAAGACGGACUCAGAUAGUUCCCCAGAACCAGAUCCCGACUCCCGGCAAGAACAACAUUCGUCCCAGCCCACAGCAUCUUCUCACCAACCGGAACAUCGCGAAGGAGGCAACUCGACGAUUUGCUCUCAGAGAUGACACAAAAUGGAUCAUAGAAAAUAACCAAUUUGAAAUAAAGUAGCCAGACUGUA